CUUUCGGGAGGCCAAUCGAAGUCAGAAAAAGUCACUUCCGGCUCAAGGUACAUCUCCGCAUUAGUUAGAACCCCGAGGAACAUUAUAUGAGAUGGCUCAAUUGCUGUCAUGCUCUGGCUCCUUGACUACGUCAUCUAGUAACAAAUCUUACUUGAAACCACUUGACCAAUGUUCAGCUGCAUUUUCGAUCUCUGUUCCAUUCAAAACUUCCAGCUCUCCUUUUAAAGGGCUUUUCUUGCGAGAGGAGAAGUCAAAAAGUAGAGUUGUACGUGCCACUGCAAUUUCAACUAACCAGGAAGCCCCAACUCAAUCUAGUUCUGGCUCCCCUCAGAGCUCUGGUGUCCCAUCCAAGUCACAGCGUGUUAUGGUCAUUGGUGGUGAUGGUUACUGCGGUUGGGCAACUGCUCUCCACCUAUCUAACAAGGGUUACGAGGUUGCUAUUGUUGAUAGUCUUGUUCGACGCCUAUUUGAUCACCAGCUUGGGCUAGAUUCUCUGACUCCAAUCUCCUCAAUCCAUGAUCGCCUUCGUUGUUGGAAAUCUCUCACUGGAAAAAGUAUUGAGCUCUACAUUGGCGACAUUUGUGAGUUUGACUUCUUAUCUGAAGCCUUCAAGUCUUUUGAACCCGAUGCUGUUGUUCAUUUUGGUGAACAGCGAUCUGCUCCUUACUCUAUGAUAGACCGGUCAAGAGCUGUGUAUACACAGCAAAACAAUGUAAUUGGGACACUGAACGUGCUCUUUGCUAUAAAAGAGUUCCGAGAGCAGUGCCAUCUGGUUAAACUGGGAACGAUGGGUGAAUAUGGGACUCCAAAUAUUGAUAUUGAGGAAGGCUAUAUCACAAUUACUCAUAAUGGCAGGACGGACACUUUGCCCUAUCCCAAGCAAGCCAGUUCAUUUUACCAUCUUAGCAAGGUUCAUGAUUCACACAACAUUGCCUUCACCUGCAAAGCCUGGGGGAUUCGAGCAACUGAUCUGAAUCAGGGAGUGGUAUAUGGAGUAAGGACAGAUGAAACUGCAAUGCAUGAAGAGCUGUGUAACAGGUUUGAUUACGAUGGAGUCUUUGGAACUGCACUGAAUCGGUUCUGCGUUCAGGCUGCUGUUGGUCAUCCACUUACUGUAUACGGUAAAGGAGGCCAGACUAGGGGCUACCUUGAUAUAAGAGAUACAGUUCAAUGUGUUGAGCUUGCCAUUGCAAACCCUGCAAAUCCUGGGGAAUUCCGGGUCUUCAACCAAUUUGUUGAACAGUUUUCAGUAAACGACCUUGCUGCCCUUGUUACAAAAGCAAGCGAGAAGCUGGGGCUGGAUGUGCAAGCUGUAUCCGUGCCAAACCCUAGAGUGGAGGCAGAGGAGCAUUACUACAAUGCCAAACACACUAAACUGAUAGAGCUGGGGUUGAAGCCACACUUUCUUUCAGAUUCUCUCCUGGAUUCGCUGCUAAACUUUACUAUUAAGUACAAAGAUCGUGUUGACACUAAGCAAAUCAUGCCCAGUGUUUCCUGGAGAAAAAUUGGGGUGAAGCCGAAAACCGUGACAACCUAAGGAGGGUUCGUUGUUGUAGGCCUAUGACUCUUUUGUGGUGCUUAGUGAUGCUGUAUUGGCAUGUAUUUUAACUGUUACGUUUGCGUUAGAUGGAAUUUGUUAUGCUGGGAAACGGGGAGUUAUGGAUAGGCUGUAACGGCAUAACCUUCAUGUGGUUAUUUAGUGUAAGCUUCUUUGUGCUUCAAAGCAGUUUACCGUAAGAGAGUCAUAUGCAUCUCAAUAAGCUGCUAUCUUGUAUAUUGGUGAGUAUCUGAGAAUGUAAGCCGUAAUUCAUCGAUAAAGACCUAUUCGUUUGUCAUAUAGGCAACAGGGCAAUGCUGCGAGUUUCAUGUU